CAUAAUUUAAAAACAAAACAUUUUACAUACAACUAGAUUUGAGAGGAACAUAUACUUUGUGUGCCCAUAAAGCAUGCCAGAAAUAGUUUAGCCAUAUCAGAUAAAUUCCUAAAUUAAUUUCUAAAUAAACUCCUACAUUAACACUCUUAUAUUUUAUAAAUUGUUUUUCUCUCUGCUAAGAAAUUGGUUAUGGAUUUUAAUAAUGAUAAAAAGCAAAGAAGUUUGGUCCCAAAAGGUCCCAGUUUUUUGCUGGAGCGAAAGCAGCGUAUAUCUAUUGAAGGUCGAGGCGAUAUGUACAUCAAGAACACUCAAACCCAGGUCCGCGAACUUUAUCGGCGCGAGGCUUUAAACGAGCCUUGUCGAAGCUCCUCUUCUCACACCGAUAGCCAAUUGCUGAAGACCAGUCUGGAGGUGAAGGCGCUCCACAAGAAGAUUGAACGUGAGAUUGGAAAAUUGAAGAAUUUCCGAUAUUCUUUCUUAAAGGACGACCAGAGCCCGGUCCAGAAGCAAAAGCCGGCACCGUCAAAGGCGACUGUCAAGCAUUUGCAUUGGCGUCAGAAGAUAUUAAGAAACCACAAAGGACGCACUUUUGAUGAGAGUCCAACGUCAUCCAAUCGGCAAGAAUUGCAAAGCAUAGGAUUUUCCUCGCCAGACACUGGCGACAGACAACCGUAUUUUCGGACCAUGUGCGUCGCAUCCUCCCCGAAAUCGAGUGCCGGCGAGGAGGUCGAUUCCAACCGGGCCAACCGGACUGCUGUUGAUUGUCUUUUGGAUGAAAAUUCAAUUCAACCGGAACAGAAGAUCAACCGAAUGUGUGGGGGCUGUGUCUAUGGACACUGCGAUGAUAUGUCGCGGCCGUGCUCAAUCUAUCAGAGCGACUACUGUCAGUACGGAGGCGCCUCCUUUUGUCCCCAGUGCAGUUCGAACAGUUAUAGGACCUGUGAUAUGCCCGAACCUGUGCCCGUGCCGUACUCGCCCGAUCCGUUAUACCAAUAUCCGGCCGGGAUAGUUUGCCAAAAGCAAGAUUCAAUGAUGUCCAGCUGUACGUGUUCCAGGCCGAGUUGUUCCAGGCGUAAAACGGACUUGAAUACGGAUAAGUUCUGUCGCAAUUGGUGUCCAGAUCCUUUGUCAAAGCGUGAUCGUUCUCCAAAAGCUAAAGACCAUUUUCUCUCUAGAUCCCCCUCGCCGCGACCGCAAACGCGUCGCAUUGGAAAAGAAAAGGGGAAAUCCGAAAGCCCCUCUAAGUACCCAACUCAGAAAGAUCAGCGGCAAAAACCAGACAAAGUAAUGAAAAUUUCUUUUAGAAAACAGCAAUCGGAAUUAUCGAAGACGAAGCCAGCCAAGGAUAAAAUGAUCAUCAAAGCAUACGUGGCAGCGCAGGCGCCAGCUGUUGAUAGCUACCAGAUGGACGACGACAAGUUACGCAUGCACCGCGAGUACAUGGAAAUGUACAGAAGGGAGCAUGAGAAAACCGCCGGAAAGGAUUCCAGCAUAAGCACGUCAGAGCUCGGAAUAUCUCCCACCUAUACAAAACUGCCUGUACGGGAAAGCACAAGUGCAAAACAUUGUCGUUCAUUUACCAUAGAUACGUCCACAAGUCGUCAGGUGACGUUUGCGCCUGAUCAGUGUAAAUAUGAAGAUUCUUCGGAAGCAGCACCUUUGGGGAAGAUAUGCCAGGACACGGUUGCGCAAACGGUGGUAUCCAAGAGCUGCAUGCAACAAAUGGCGAAUUCCUCCAGCGUCGAAUAUGAAAGCUGUGAGGCUAAGGCGGACAAAUUCCAAAAGCGUACUCUCUCCGUUAGGCGAAAUGACAUUGUAAAAACAGUCUCAAGCUGUCAAACGGAUGAAGUAGUAGAGGACUUGUUUGAUGAUUGCUCAUCCUACGUGGACGGUGCUGGCGGUGUGAGCCAGUGGCAACUGGCGCAGCAGCCGCCGUCGAUGAGCAACCAGUCUAGUCAAACGUCACCCAAAAUAGCUGGUCCGUCAGUAUCAAGCUACAUAUCCCAGUCCCGGGGCAUCAUUCGUAAGCAAACGACAACCCAAACAGAUAAUCAAAGCGACUCCCAGGAAUGGCAAGAGUGUCCCGAAAUACUAACACAUGAUCAGCUCCUAAGCUUGAAUCAGGAAAAUGCUGCUCAAAGGUCUGCGACACGACGCAACUUGGGCCCGGUUUCGGAACAACCAAUAUUCUCUGUGGCCCACGGACAAUCCCAUAGAAAGGUCGUCCAAAGUGAUCCGGUUAUUUGGUCUCCACGCGCCGAGUUUGGAUAUGACAAUAUCCCAAUCUCCGCAGCUGAACGCCCUGAAGCUUUCCAAUCCCAGGCAUAUGUUCAGAUGCAGAACUCGCCAGACACAACUAGAUCUCCCAGAGAGUUUGCAUAUGACAAUGGCCCAAUCUCCGCAGCUGAACGCCCUGAAGCUUUCCAAUCCCAGGCAUAUGUUCAGAUGCAGAACUCGCCAGACACAACUAGAUCUCCCAGAGAGUUUGCAUAUGACAAUGGCCCAAUCCCUGCAGCUGAACGCCCUGCACCUUUCGAAUCCCAGGCAUAUGAUCCGAUUCAGAACUCGCCAGACACAACUAGAUCUCCCAGAGAGUUUGCAUAUGACAAUGGCCCAAUCCCUGCAGCUGAACGCCCUGCACCUUUCGAAUCCCAGGCAUAUGAUCCGAUUCAGAACUCGCCAGACACAACUAGAUCUCCCAGAGAGUUUGUUCCAUGGGAUGAAUUGACGAACAAUUCUCCGCAAAGCCACCAAAUCUGUAGUGAUAGUUCCGGUGUCCGGCAAAAAGAGGUAGACUACACGGAAGAAGUCUACGAAGAUUGCAAUUGUCCUGGUUUAACUCCAGUGAAUACGGAUCGCAGCAACAGGAACGUGGACUACGGAAACCAGCAAAAUUUACCGCUAAACUUAACAGCUACGGAGUACGGAAGUUUAUCAGAAUAUCCUCAUUUCGACAGCAUAAAUCGACUUGAAGAGUGUGCACCGUUUGAAGAUACUACAGCCGAAUAUGACUCCACAGUGGAAGAACUGAGUAAUACUAGGUUGUCCAUGCAAGAGCGUAGUCCGUCGCCAAUAAUGGACGCAACGUUGACACUACAAGACCAAGAUGCACAACAUUUCAAUCUGUGCGAUGAUUCACAAUACAUCCCACAACUGGAGGAGCCAUGUGCCUCUGAGGGCGACUACUUCUCCAGUCAGCAGCAGUUAAUACACAACUUCGAGUCUCCAUGUGAAGAAUCCUAUGACAGGGAGCAGCUGGCAAUCAGAGAACAGAGUGCACAGAGUAGGUGCACCGUGCGUGAAAGGCGCACACGUUCCGUGACAUUUGAAGAUGAAAGCGGCUUCAGCGAGAGAAGCAACACGGUCCAGAGCUGCCGCAGCGUCGUUGACUGGGAGCGAGUGCCCCAACAAAGCAUGAGCAGAGACAUAGGCAGUGCACAGAAGACUUUCCGAGAAGACUUUCCUGAUGGCAACGAUUAUGCUGAUGAUGGGAGCCCUAUGGAUUCAUACAGAUCAAGCAGCACGGCGGGCACAGAGUUUACGUGUAAUGAGUCCAACUACGAAGACGAUUACAUAACCUGCAAUGAGGCCCGAACGGAACGCGAGAUUCCGCCCUUUAAUGGAUGUCCCUGCAUGUACGAAGAGUAUCUGAAGUUGGUUGGCAUGUGUAAGCCAAGACCUUAUGGUGGGCUUAACAGCUGGAUCUUGCCGGAUUAAUGUGUUCAGCUUUCGACUUAUAUAUUAACUUGAUACUUAAAAUAGUUUUCUUACGCUCGCUGCCUAAAUAUUAUAAAUAUAUUUUUGAAUAUUACAAUACAAUAAACUGACAACAAAUAAGA